AUGAUCGAGUGGAUGCUACGCUCGGGCGCAGAUCCACUCAUUGAAAUGACUACAGGGGCUGUGUGGUAUGUAUGGGCGGCUGCUAACGAAGAUGCGACGAAGAUCACAUUCAAGUACAACCGGCACUCUACACUUUCCUUCGUUUUGACGAUGUCCGAACUUAUGCAUCUCAGGCGUGGUGGUGCAGACUGGUCAGCGGAGUGUGCAUUCCUUGAUGACGUCCUAGCGCUGUUCAAGAAAGUCAAGUCUUCUAAAUCUUCCGAUGGUAGCACAGUGCGCAUUCACACGGAUGUCGUCCGCUUGUGGGAGAUCGCUCGGGAGAUGACAUCCACACAAAACGUCGUCUUCCAGACAGCGGACGGGGAAGUUUCGGCACACGACCACAUUUUGAUGGCUGCUUCACCAGUUCUGCAGGCUAUGCUGGAGUCUCCGAUGAUAGAAGGUUCCACCAAGUGCAUCCCGGUCAAGGAUUCUUCGAGCAAUGGUGUAUCCUUGUUUCUGGACCUGGUCUACACAAGCUCCACUUGUCUCGAGCUCGAUUACAAGACGAUGCUUGUCGCUUUUGACGUGGCCCACCGCUGGCAAGUGCCACACGUCGUGGCCGUGCUUGCCGAUGCUUUGCAGAAAGAACUUACAGUCGACAGCUUCGUCGAAAUCGCCGAGGCCGCCAUACUCAAGGGCACGGCGUCGCUUCAGCAAGCAUGCGCCGCAUUUGGAGCCAAGCAUGACGAGAUCCAGGCGAAGAAGGAGACCAUGCCCCCUGUCGUGAGACAGUUGCUCGGCUUGUCCUAUGCAUCCUUUGCUGAGCCCGGCAAUGCCAAGAGGAGGAGAUUCUAA